CAUGGCUGUUGUCACCAAACCUGUGUAGCAGGAGAGUCUGGGUUAGACAGCAGAGGGGACUAGAAGUUUAGGGCUUGAGCUUUCACAGCAAGAAGGUCUGGGUUUGACCACUGGGAGGCCUGGAAGGCUAGGAUGAAGUGUGGAAGCUGCGCCAGCAAGAGGGAUCUGGAUUUGAUUCCAAGGAAAACUAGAGAUUUAGAGCAGCCCCUAUGCCAGCUGCUGAUAGGGGCUGGACCUACAACUCCCAGGAGGACUGGAGGUGUGGCGUGAAGUGUGGAACUUGGGUUAGUGAGAGCUCUGGGUUAGACUAAAGGUGGUCUGCUGUAAGGGAUCAAGUGUGGCCCUCCCAGCAGCAAGAGAGCUCCAAGUCAGAUCAUGGUCAGAAUUGGAAGUCGGGGUUCACAUGUGGGUCCCAGAGCAGGAGUGCCAGGGGCAGGCCCUACUUGUGAACACAUGUCAACUCUGUGCCUCCCAUGCCAUACCAGGUGUGUCCACUGGAGCGCCGCAAGUACAUGCUCAAGUCAUUGGACCAGAUCGAGACAGUGAAUGGUGGUGGAGCAGCCAGUCGGCUGAGCUACUCGGACCGGGAGGUAAUGGCCGAGCAUGCUGACCUCAAGAGCAUGGUAGAGCUGAUCAAGCGCAUGCUGACAUGGGAGUCGCAUGAACGCAUCAGCCCCAGCGCGGCCCUGCGCCACCCCUUCGUGUCCAUGCAGCAGCUGCGCAGCGCCCACGAGACCACUCACUACUACCAGCUCUCUCUGCAUGGCUGCCGCCUCUCGCUGCAGGUGGAGAGCAAGCCACCCACACCCGUUGUGACUGCCACAGAAGAUGGGCCCCCUUACUACCGUCUGGCUGAGGAAGAGGAGGCCAUGGGCAUAGGCAGUGUGGCAGGCAGUGGGCCCUUCUUCCAAGAGGAGAAGGUGCCAGGCAUGCAAAGAGCCAUCGACCAGCUGGAUGACCUGAGUCUGCAGGAGACAGGCCAUGGACUGUGGGGUGAGACUCGCGCUGAUGUGGCCUCCAACACGCUGGCACCGCUCAAGGCAGCCACUUCUGGCCUCCGGGUACCCAACCUGGGCCCUGAGCCCAUUCUGGCUUUCUAUGGCAGCCGCCUGUCUGGCCACUACAAGGCCCGCAAGCCACCCUCAGGCUCCAAGUCUGACUCCAACUUCAGCAACCUCAUCCGGCUGAGCCAGGCCUCACCUGAGGAUGAUGGGCCCCGCCGGGGCAGUGGCUGGGAGGAAGGAGAGCGCUGCAGGGCCUCUGCUGAGCCGCCUGCCAUCCCACAGCGGGACGGGGAUGGGCCCAACAUCAAGGAUAUGACCAUGGACACUGAG